ACAAAAUACAAAUGCAAUUACAAUAAACAUUGGAUUUUCGUGUGGGUAACUAAGCACGUUACCAUUAAGGAACAAGCAUCGUGGAUUCCUGGUCUUGGACAGUUGUGGAUUGAGAACUCCGAACCUGAAUCGGAACCGGAAGGGAUAGGGAUGGGUUUCACAGAAUCGACCUCGCUCCUCCCUUCAGGUUCGGCCACACGAAGCAAGAAUGUUCCAGAAGACAAAUGGCAAUUAACAUACAUAGUGUAUUUCACCCUCGGCCUCGGUUACCUUCUCCCUUGGAACGUGUUCAUCACCGCCGUUGACUAUUUCUCCUACCUCUACCCCGAUGCCAGCGUUGACCGCAUCUUCGCCGUCGUUUACAUGCUCAUCGGUCUCGUCGGAAUCUUCCUCAUCAUACUCUACAGCCACAAAUCUGACGCAUAUGUUAGGAUCAAUGUUGGUCUCGCCUUGUUCGUCGUUUCUCUUCUUAUCGUUCCCCUUCUCGAUGCCUUCUACGUUCAGGGUCGGGUCGGGCUCUAUGCCGGCUUCUACGUCACCGCUGGCGCAGUUGCCCUUUCCGGCGUAGCCGAUGCGCUUGUCCAGGGCUCCAUUGUUGGUUCUGUCGGCGAGUUGCCGGAGAGGUACAUGCAAGCUGUCAUCGCCGGCACUGCUGCUUCUGGGGUGCUUUGUUCGGUUCUGAGGAUAUUUACAAAAGCUGUUUACCCACAAGAUGCCUCAGGCCUGCAAAAGAGUGCAAAUCUUUACUUUGCUGUAUCAAUUGUAAUUGUGUUCAUAUGCAUGGUUUUCUACAACUUGGUGCACAGACUUCCUGUUAUGAAGUACUAUAAUGAACUUAAGGUUCAGGCGGUUGCCGCGAAUGAAGAUAAUGGUCCCUUGACGGGAGCUGUCUGGAGGUCAACUGUAUGGAAUAUUGUCGGAAGAGUCAAGUGGUAUGGGUUUGGCGUUGUGCUCAUUUAUUUUGUUACUCUGGCUAUAUUUCCUGGUUAUGUUACUGAGGAUGUGCACUCUCAAAUUCUUACGGAUUGGUACCCAAUUAUCCUAAUUGCUAGUUAUAAUGUGUUUGAUCUUGUUGGCAAGUGUCUCACUGGCGUAUACCUCCUAGAGAAUGCUAAAAUUGCAAUAGGUGGCUGCAUAGCAAGAUUGUUGUUUUUCCCUCUCUUCUUAGGGUGCUUGCACGGUCCCAAAUUCUUCCGAACUGAGAUUCCCGUGACAAUACUGACUUGCCUGUUAGGGCUUACUAAUGGCUACUUAACCAGUGUAUUGAUGAUUAUGAUUCCGAAAACUGUAAAGUUGCAGCACGCAGAAACGGCAGGGAUUGUGAGUGUAUUAUUCUUAGUUUUUGGUCUGGCUGCUGGGUCUAUUAUAGCUUGGUUUUGGGUCAUCUGACCAAGCAAUUUGUAUUAGUUGGACCCAAUACCCACGUCUUAUGCUUCACUAUAUUAGAAUUCAAAACUGUGAUGGAUUUUCUUAAUUUGUUUACUGAAUAUGUGAAAGUUUGUAAGCUUAUCUGUUAAUAAAUAAUAAUGUUCAUCAAAUAAUGAGCUAUUGUCGU